AUGUCUACCAAACUCGAUCGCCUCAUUUUCAUUGCCCGCCAGGAGCUGGGUGAAAUUGCUCGUGCUGAAGCUCAGCUGGAAGACGAAAAGAACGCGCGCAAAGCCCCUUCUUGGACCAAGUCAGCUCAGGGCGAUGAUUCGCCGCACAAGCUCAAGUUGCACCCGGUAUCCCGGUCGCGCCGCAAGGCAAUCGGUCAGGCGCCCCCAGGAUCGUUGCUCUCUACGCCGUCAUCCAGCACUACCACUCUGGUACUCGACUCUUUCACACCGCUCACGGUGUCUCCCCCAUCCAUUAAGUACGAAUCUGACGACGAUGUGGACAUGCUGGAGGAUGACACGCUCGAGCCCCCCACAUUCCCCGUUCGUGUGCCUCAGCUAUUGCCUCAGCGUCCGAUCGCGCCUUGUGUGCAGUGCCAGUUUGGAUCUGCAUGUGGUGUCCGGUUCACUCAUGGUAUGAACGAGCGCACUAUGAAGGAGCACCUCGACACGUUCCACAACCUCGCAGCCGCAAUGCCCCAGAGUCAACCCGCUCCUUGGCCUGCUCAAGUUGAGCUCAUCGACGCUCUCAACCCCGUUUUCAUCCGCCACAACCAUGCGCCAGGAGCGUCUGUACCUCCACAAGCCGACCCGACGGCCACAUGCUCAUGGUCUAGGUGCCGCGCUAUACUCCCUGUGGAGGACCUCCCAGGACACGUUGCCGCCCAUGUCAACGCCGUUUGGACGAGUAACAAUGGGAAGGGGGUUCAAUGGCGCUGGGUCGCUUGCGAGCCUUAA